CGGCCAGUCCAAUGGCCACGCAGCGUUGGUCGGCGCAUGCGCACUGGGCGCGUCGCGCGCUCCUCUACAUAAGGCCGCAUGGGCGCCUCCUCGCGGCACUGCACGAGCGGCGAGAUCCCUGUGCAGCGGCGAUCGAUCGGCGAAAAUGGCCAACAAGAAGGACAACCUCACCGCGGUGCUGUACACCGUCAACGACCUGCGGCUUGAGCAGCGGCCCAUUCCAGAACCGAAGGACGAUGAGGUUCUUUUGCAAAUGGGCUGCGUAGGAAUAUGUGGUUCUGAUGUGCACUAUCUUGUGCGAGGAAGAAUUGGUGAUUUCAUUGUGAAAGAACCAAUGAUAAUGGGCCAUGAAGCUAGUGGUAUUGUGGCAAAAUUGGGAAAAAAUGUAACAAAUUUGAAAGUAGGUGACAGAGUUGCAAUUGAACCAGGCGUGCCUUGCAGGAAAUGUAAUUACUGCAAAGAGGGCAGAUAUAAUUUGUGUCCCUCAAUAUUUUUCUGUGCAACUCCCCCAGAUCAUGGAAAUCUCUCUCGUUACUAUGUACAUGCUGCAGAUUUUUGUUUUAAGUUACCAGAUCAUAUGAGUUUAGAAGAAGGAGCUUUGUUGGAGCCAUUAUCAGUAGGAGUACACGCAUGUCGGCGAGCCAAUGUUCAGCUGGGCAGUGUGGUACUCAUCUGUGGAGCUGGACCUAUUGGCCUUGUUACCCUUCUCAGUGCCAAGGCAAUGGGUGCAACGAACAUUAUCAUCACUGAUAUUGUGCAGAACAGACUGGAUAUUGCAAAGGAACUGGGAGCAAAUCACACUGUUCUAAUCACACCAGAUCUAGAUGAACAAUCUGUCAUCAAGAGUGUACACAAGACUCUAGGUACUGCUCCAGACAUUUCCAUUGACUGCAGUGGAGCUGAAUCUUCCAUUCGACUGGCUAUUCAGGCAACCAAAAAUGGAGGAGUUGCUGUGCUUGUUGGAAUGGGUGCACCAGAGGUGAAAGUUCCCUUGGUGACAGCUUUGAUCAGAGAAGUAGAUAUCCGGGGAGUAUUCAGAUAUUGCAAUGAUUAUCCUCUAGCCUUGGAGAUGGUAGCUUCUGGGAAAGUGAAUGUGAAACCACUGAUAACACACAAUUUCAAGCUGGAAGAGACACUUGAAGCCUUUGAGACAGCAAAAACAGGAAAGGGCAACCCCAUUAAAAUUAUGAUUCACUGCCUUCAAAAAGGCUAGGAAGAUUUUGUUUGCUUAAAUAACUACUUUCUUUUGUAUGAUGUUUACACUCAUUGUUACAAAUUGUAAACUCUUUCGAAAAUUGUUGUAAAGAAUUCUGAAAAAUCACUCAAUAAAAGUAUAAUAUGUUAUUUCACAUCAUUUUCAUUUCUUAAUUAAAUUUUAUUUAGCCUUAAUUUUCAAACAAAUUUUCAAAACAAUAACAUCCAAUAAUUCCUGAAAACUCUUAAAACAGCAAUUCAAUACUAUCCUAAUACUUUUAUAAAUUAACAACAGUACUAAAAAAAUGCAAGUUCAGUAUUUUGUGAGCGGUUGUUAAAGGACAAAUUCCAACAUUCGAUAUCUCUCUAUCCUCACUACGUUACUAACGUUUUAGUUCAGACACUAUUUUGUCGUUAGUGAGAGCAUAAAAAGCAUAUAAAUUGCUAAAAAGUUAAGAUAUAAUAGGAUUGUGUCAGACAUCAGGUAUUUGACUCUUUUAAAAAAUAUAAUAAAACUUACUGAUAUUUCGGAAAAAAACAAUUUAUUUUCAACAAAAAUAUUACAAUAACUGUCAGCAGGUUCUAACACCACAAAUAAAUGGAGAUCCUUCUCUUUUAGUAUCCAACUUGGAGGGGGUGGCGGGCCCCAAAAAUUAUCAUGAAAAUCUGAUGUGAUUAAAUAAAAUAUAACAAAUAUUUAAAGAAAUUCUCUUAAAAUUUUAGAGAUUUGCAUUUACACUCGCUAAUGGAAGCCUUUUUAGCAGCGGUGCUGAGAAAUCAAUUUCUUGAACAGUAUUGGUAAUACGUAACAUGACAUACUAAAAAAAUGUUGAAAAUGUAAAUUAAAAAAAAAAAAAUUACAGGUUUGUGAUGAAAUGGUAUCCACAACUACACCUGAUACUAAGCUUCUGCUCAGUCAAAAAAGUAUCAAAAACCACCAUCUUUCAGUCAGUCAAUAUUUAAAUAAGUUCAAAUGAACAAGUUUCAAAAUUAACUUAUGUACAAAUAUCACAAAUGUAGCUCUAAAUGUCUAAUAAAUUUUAUUCAAAGGCAAAUAUACAAUGGGGUGCUUUUCUCCAACACUAGCUGCCUUCUUGACAAUGCUGACUACGAAUACUUGCUUGUUCUGAUAGGGCCCGAGGCUCAUGUAAAUGUGUAGUUAGCUGAACACCUUGAUGUUGAGCAGAAUAGAAAAAUCCCCAAUUGGCAGAUACAGUGACAGCUUGCAUGCUGUCACCAGUUCCAAACACAAUUUUUGGUUUGUCUUUAAUUUGUCCACUGUUCUUUAAGUUUUUCACUCUCUCAGAUACACAAUCUGGAACAACAGUUAUUCUUUGCAGAAAUUGUUCUGCUCUCUUUUUUUCAUUUUCACCUCCAACAACUGCAAGGAUUUCCUUGAAUCUUGUCAUGGCAGUUUCACAACAGUAAAGCUCUUUGCCUUCAAAAAGUUUGUUCAACAUAUCUUUAACUUUUGUCUUCCUUUCAGAUUGAGCUUGAAGAGUAAGAGGUUCUUGGAUAAAUUUCACACAUGUACCUCCAUUAGUCAUGUCAGAUACAUAAGCUAUCAAAGUAGUAAUAUCCAAAUUAAGUUUCAAAAUUGGUUUUCUUAAGGCAUCAUCAUCUUUUAGUACAUGAGAAGUUGAUUCAGCCAAAUCACAGUUUUCUUCUUCCUCAGAUUCUUCAUCUGAACUAUCACAAACAGUAUUAUAAGUGGUAGGAAGCAAAUCACCAAUAACUUCAAUACCCACGUUGGAAAUUUUUGUAGCUAGAGCAGAGUCAACCCCUGAAGAAAAUUUAAAAAUGACUUUAGGAGGAACAUAAAAAAUUGGAUUUUGUGAGGCACACUUAAUAAAAUCUUUUGCCUGAUCAAAAAUUGUGCGACUACCAUAAUUAGUGUCACCUAAACAAGACAUCAUCAAACCUUUGGGAUUUCUAGCAGUGACCUUCACCCACUCUUUUCCCUCAUCUUUCACUAUAUCAACAACUAUACGUUUAAGGUUUCCUUGAAUUUUAAAUGUAAAAGGCUCUAAGACUGCAACACACUUCUCCAAUUCAAAAACUGUAGAAAUUAAAGCUUUGAAAUGAAUUAAGUUUGUCGUUGUCAGAUGUUUGGCUUGUAUUGUUUUCGAGGCAGCUACUUUGUGGAGAAAUGUUCUUUCUGCAAGGAUAAGUUUCUUCAGCUUCGACACUCCCUUUAUAUUACUAAGAUCCCGUAAUAAAUCCAUCAACUCAUCUGCCUCCUUUAUUUUGUCCAUGUACAGUUGUUCUAGAUUAUGCUCCAUGUCUAUGUUGUUAUAAUAAAUAAAUCAAAGCACACUCAAAAUAUUUUCACUCUUACAGUUGGUAUCGAAAACAGUAUUUCUUUCUCAUAAUUUCAAUAAGGUAUCAUUUUAUACAAAAUCAAAGUUCAUUUCUUUCAAACUCAUCACUACAAUAACAAAUACAAUUUAUGAGUGACGUUAGCAAGUCUAACCUCACCUCUCCCAUUCACUCUGCAUUCAGUCGUCUGUUAUUAUUUUCACUACAAAAUUUGCUUUGAUUGCUGUCCAUAGAGAGUAUAUACUGUCCAUAAGUUUCCGUUUUAACCCGGAUUAUCUCGAUCCGUACUUGUGAAACAUGUGAAAUCUUAAUAUCAGAUUAGCGUAAUCCACCUACUUAUACUCUGCCUAUAUACAUCACUUAAGUUGGGUCGGGCAUGACCGCACUUAGCCACAGAGCAGAGCAUCUUAAUCAGAUCUUAUUCCUUCAUGGUAUUGAUGGUGGUUUAAUGCGGUUUGAUUCAUGACGUCUGUACCAUGGACUUUGUACGUGACUAAAUGCGGCAUGCUUCUUGCAUCACGUGUACUGAAACAAUGUGGCAAAUAAAGAUCUCAAGCUGGAAGGAGCAGGAGGACCAGGAGGACAUUAUUAUUCAAUCGGGAGCUCCAAUACCAAAAAUUUAAGUGAUAACCGAUGCGAUUCCCUUUCCG